AUGCUGCGACUGGGAAUGCUGCAACCACAACUGGAAAUGCAGCGACUGGCAACGCAGCAACCAACAGCAGGGAACGCAGUGACAGGCAAUGCUGCAACCACAACUGGAAAUGCAGCGACUGGCAACGCAGCAACUGCCAAUGCUGCGACUGGCAACGGCGCAACCACAGCAGUGAAUGCAGCAACUGGCAAUGCUGCGACUGGCAACGCUGCAACCACAGCAGGGAACGCAGUGACUGGCAAUGCUGCAACCACAACUGGAAAUGCAGCGACUGGCAACGCAGCAACUGGCAACGCUGCGACUGGCAACGGCGCAACCACAGCAGUGAAUGCAGCAACUGGCAAUGCUGCGACUGGCAACGCUGCAACCACAGCAGGGAACGCAGUGACUGGCAAUGCUGCAACCACAACUGGAAAUGCAGCGACUGGCAACGCAGCAACUGCCAAUGCUGCGACUGGCAACGGCGCAACCACAGCAGUGAAUGCAGCAACUGGCAAUGCUGCGACUGGCAACGCUGCAACCACAGCAGGGAACGCAGUGACUGGCAAUGCUGCAACCACAACUGGAAAUGCAGCGACUGGCAACGCAGCAACUGGCAACGCUGCGACUGGCAACGGCGCAACCACAGCAGUGAAUGCAGCAACUGGCAAUGCUGCGACUGGCAACGCUGCAACCACAGCAGGGAACGCAGUGACUGGCAAUGCUGCAACCACAACUGGAAAUGCAGCGACUGGCAACGCAGCAACUGGCAACGCUGCGACUGGCAACGGCGCAACCACAGCAGUGAAUGCAGCAACUGGCAAUGCUGCGACUGGCAACGCUGCAACCACAGCAGGGAACGCAGUGACUGGCAAUGCUGCAACCACAACUGGAAAUGCAGCGACUGGCAACGCAGCAGCAACUGCCAAUGCUGCGACUGGCAACGGCGCAACCACAGCAGUGAAUGCAGCAACUGGAAAUGCUGCGACUGGCAACGCUGCAACCACAGCAGGGAACGCAGUGACUGGGAAUGCUGCAACCACAACUGGAAAUGCAGCGACUGGCAACGCUGCAACCACAGCAGGUAAUGCAGCAACUGCCAAUGCUGCGACUGGCAACGCCGCAACCACAGCAGGGAACGCAGUGACUGGCAAUGCAGCAACCACACCUGGAAAUGCAGCGACUGGCAAUGCUGUGACGGGCAAUGCUGCAACCACAACUGGAAAUGCAGCGACUGGCAACGCAGCAACUGGCAAUGCCGCAACCACGGCAGGGAAUGCAGGAACUGGCAAUGGUGCAACCACAGCUCGCAACGCAGCGACUGGCAACGCCGCAACCACAGCAGUGAAUGCAGCGACUGGCAACCCUGCAACCACAGCAGGGAACCCAGUGACUGGCAAUGCAGGAACCACAGGAGCGAAUGCAGCGACUGGCAACGCAGCAACUGGCAUUACUGCGACUGGCAACGCCGCAACCACAGCAGUGAAUGCAGCGACUGGCAACGCCGCAACCACAGCAGGGAACCCAGCGACUGGUAAUGCAGGAACCACAGGAGGGAAUGCAGCGACUGGCAACGCAGCAACUGGCAGCGUCAUGACUACCAACGCUGCCAUCACAGCUGGCAGGACUGACAACACUGCAGCCACAAUGACAGCAGCGGCGACAAACACCGCAGUUGCGUCCACCCACGUGGGCAGCAUCCUCACAUGUCACCUCGCUGUGGCAUUUCUUAAACUCUACGCAAUAUAAAUCUGCUGUUAGUUGAAUUGAAAAUGUCACAAAACACACACGUUGACAAGUUAGAACAAAGAUCUGGAUGACACUGUGUGUUUAAAGGUUUUUUUUUUUUUUAAAAAAGGCAAAACAAUCUCAGUUUUCUAUUUUCUUAACACGUCAAAGCUAAUCUGCGUGCAAGUAUUUUUAUUUUGCUUCUGCAGCCACUUGUGAAUAGAUGCGCGAUUCUGAGCGUUCGGAAAUGCAAAUAUUGUACAGUUGACGUAAUUUAUUUCAAAAUGCAGAAUAAACUCGUGCGCCAUUUUCAAAUGAAACCAUUUUCAUCACCCGCCUCGUUGAUUUCUUGAUUGCGUUUGUCGCGGGACGUCUUUCGUCGCACCGAGCUACAACUGAAAUUGCAGCGUAUGUGCCAAACUUUUCCUUUUUUAAUUGAGCCUUCAGCUAUGUUGCGCAUUAGCAUCGAGGACAGCGACGUGGCUACGAUGUCCUGUGUCACAGGAAGCUCCAAUUGCGGUUAUUGCCAAACACAUUCACUUUUCCUGUAUUAUCUUACGGUGGCCAUUUUCAGGUGCCUCCAGAGAUGCUCGGUUGGGUUUAAGUCAGGGCUCUGGCUGGGCCAUUCAAGUCACGGAGUUGCUCUGAAGCCACUCAGCUGCGUGGUUAGGGUCAUUUGUCUUUUAAGUUGAACCUUCAGGCCAGUCCGGCGUCCUGAGCACCCCGGAGGUUUUCAUCUCAU